AUGACUAAGUUGUACGUAGGGAACCUGAGCUUCAAGACCACUGAAGAAGCUAUGAAAACUCACUUUGAGUCCUUUGGUAAAGUGAAAGAAUGCCGCCUGAUGAUCUACAGAGGCUAUUCCAAAGGUUUUGGUUUUGUUGAGUAUGAGACUGAAGAAGAUGCCAAGAAGGCCGUUGCUUCAACUGGCGCUGAGUUCGACGGAAGAAAAGUUAGAGUCGAAGUAGCUAGACCACCAGUCGAUAGAAGUCAAAGACAACCAAGACAACCACGCGCUCCAAGACAACCAAGAGAAGCCGCCCCAAGAGCAGAAGGCGAGAAAGCUGAAGCCCAAGCUCAAGAAGGAUCAACUCAACCAAGAGGAUACAGAAGAUUUAACAAUGAAAGAAGACCAGUCUAUAACAGAAGAAGAAGAAAUGAAGCUCCAAAGUCUGAAGAGAAACAAGAAUUCUCUGAAACUCUUGUCUUUGUCGGAAACCUUGCUUUCGCUGCCACCGACGACGAUCUUAAGAAGACCUUCGAGAAAUUCAACGUCGUCUCCGCUAAAGUCGUCACCUUCGGAAGAACUUACGUCAAGUCUAAGGGAUUCGGUUUCGUCGAAUUGAAGACUAAGGAAGACCAACAAAACGCUAUUAAGGAACUCAACCAAUCCACCCAAAUGGAAAGAAAAAUCACUGUCUCACCAGCUUUCAAGAAGCAAGAGAAGAAGGCAGAAGAGGUUGCUGCCCCAGCCAAGGAUGUUAAGGCUUAA